UGGACGAGGCGGAUCUCACCAACUUUUGACUUUCAUCAGAAACUGAAGAGAUUUUUUGCAAAACUUCAUUUUUUCCUGCGUUUAAAUGGCGUCUUCUGAUGUGGUUCGACAGAUGGAUAAAGGUGCUCGUCCUCUGUCUUUAUCAGGUCAUGUUGGGUUUGACAGUCUGCCGGAUCAGCUGGUGAAUAAAUCCACAAGUCAAGGAUUCUGUUUCAAUAUUCUCUGCAUUGGAGAGACCGGUAUUGGCAAAUCAACAUUGAUGGACACUCUUUUCAACACAAAUUUUGAGAAUUUCGAGUCUUCUCAUUUCGAGCCGAAGGUGAAGCUGCGAGCUCAUUCGUAUGAUCUUCAGGAGAGUAACGUCCGUCUGAAGCUCACCGUGGUGAACACUGUUGGGUUUGGAGAUCAAAUGAACAAGCAGGAGAGUUACCAGCACAUCGUGGAUUACAUCGACACACAGUUUGAAUCAUAUUUACAAGAGGAGCUGAAGAUCAAACGCUCUCUACACAACUACCACGACUCCAGGAUUCACGCGUGUCUCUAUUUCAUCGCUCCCUCCGGUCACUCGCUCAAAUCUUUAGAUCUGGUCACGAUGAAGAAACUGGACAGUAAGGUCAACAUCAUUCCUGUCAUUGCCAAGGCCGACACAAUCUCGAAGAGUGAGUUACACAAAUUCAAGAUCAAGAUCAUGAGUGAGCUGGUGAGCAACGGCGUGCAGAUCUAUCAGUUUCCCAUCGAUGACGAAACCGUGGCCAAGAUCAACACUGCCAUGAACAGUCAUCUUCCUUUCGCUGUUGUUGGGAGCACAGAGGAGGUGAACAUUGGAAACAAGAUGGUGAAAGCGAGACAGUACCCGUGGGGUGUUGUGCAGGUUGAGAACGAGAAUCACUGUGAUUUUGUUAAGUUACGAGAGAUGCUGAUCUGUGUGAACAUGGAGGAUCUCCGAGAACAGACACACACACGACACUAUGAGCUCUACAGACGCUGUAAGCUAGAGGAGAUGGGCUUCAAAGAUACUGACCCCGAAUCCAAACCUGUCAGUCUGCAGCAGACGUAUGAGGCAAAGCGUCUGGAGUUUCUGGGUGAGCUGCAGAGACGAGAGGAAGAAAUGAGACAGACCUUCGUCCAGAGAGUAAAAGAGAAAGAGGCGGAGCUUAAAGAUGCUGAGAGAGAGCUACAGGGGAAGUUUGAGCAGUUAAAGCGACUGCAUGCAGAGGAGAAGAGCGCUCUGGAGGAGAAGCGCAGGACUCUGGAGGAGGAGAUGGGCGUCUUUCACAAACGCAAGGCUGCCACGGAGCUGCUCCAGGCACAGGCCUUUAACCCCAGCGCCAACAACAAGAAAGACAAAGAUCGCAAGAAUUCUGGAUUCAUGUGAUCGGACACGAGCCAGAUGAACUUAAGGGAUCUUGGAAUUGUUAGGAUUCAUAAACGCAAUGUUUAUGCACAGCAGUGUUAUAUAUAUCAUGUUUUAAGUUGAUCUUGCAUUCAGUUGUUUCUUUCUUUAAAUAUAAAGUAAAUAAUUGACCGUAAGACACACCAGCAUAUGUUUUGUGUUUACUGUAAGCUGUUUGUAUGGUACUGUAUGUAAAGACAGUGAGAGCGCGCACACACAGUCAUUUAAGUGUGUUGAUGUAGUGAAUUAUCAAACACAAUGCUCUGGUGAGAAAAUGUUGAUCUAUUGUUUUUCUUUUAUUGGGUGGAUUUUUCUACUGGUUGAGGAGGGAUAUAAACAUCAAAAUGAUACCAAUUUACUAUAAACAAAUGUUUACCUUUAUCACAUUAAUCUUUUACAUUUUAUACUCAUGUUACAUGUAUUUAAACGGUGUUAUUUUGGGUGAUGUUUAACCAAAUAAACAUAUUUUUCUGCUAA